AUCGCAGUUAUAUUUUUGACUCCUCAUUCCCAAGAUGAGAAUAAAGAUGUUUGUCUGUCAUGAGAUCUGUGGGUCCCAUGACCCUGAAAGACAAGUGAUCAGGUUAGACCCUGAGAGAUGCACGUCAAAGACCCCACAACUUCCAGUACCCAAGGGAAGAGACAUCUCAUACCCAGCGAGGUCACAGUCUCCUAAUUCUCCUGCUUGACAUCCCUGUAGAGAGCUCUCUGCCCCUCUGUGAUACAUACACAGACACCUCCUCAAAUGUCACCAGCCCCAGUACCAACAACAGCCCCACUCUCAGCAGCUGCAGCCCCAGCCGCCUGCUCACGAGGGAGGAAAGCCAAGAAAAUGGAAGCUCUGGAUGGGGCAGAGGAGCAAAUCCCCCACUCCCACCCCACUCGGACCAGCCAGGAGGCCAGACACUGAAUGGGCCUAUCCUGAAGACAGUCCCCCAGGCUGAAUCUGCCCUAGCAGGUUUGUCGCAUCAUAUCUCCCUCCCUUCCUCACCCCCUAUAUCCCUGCUGUAUAAAUGCACCAGCAGCUCCUUGGCAAUGCCCAACCUGGGCCACCUCCAUCCCAGCCAUUUCUCUUCCGUGUCUCCCAGGAGGAUGGCCUCACCUAGGAGGGAAAGCAGCCGUCAUUCUGCAGCCUGUCACGGUGAGAAGGGAGACUGGAGAGGUCUCCGAGAAACCUUCAGCUCUCGUCACACGCCGACUCCCCCAAGGCUUUCUCCCUGAAGACAGACUGGGCUUGGACGCACCAGAAAGUGCCUGGUCUCUAUAUCUCAGUACAAACAUGACCCCUGCCUACAGGACCAUGCCCACCAAAACAGCGUUAAACCCUUCCACGCCCAGAGGGGCUGAGUCACUGUUAACAAGGAAGAUCUAGUAAUCUGUGUCCCGAGGAUAGCACAUCUCACUGAAGAGUGGGACUGUGGCUGAGGAGGAGACUGGCUUUUCCUCCCUCUGCUGCUCUUCACUGUGUCCCCUGUGACAGCUGAAAAGUGUGUCUGUGUGAUAAAGGUGCUUGCUGAAGGCCCUGUGAAGAUUAGACCAAGUGUGUUUCUGUAUUUGUUUAGAUAUUAAGCUAUCUGUUGUUGCUAAAAGCCUAAUUAAAGUCUAAGAUAUAGUGAGGCCUUGUAUAAAGUAAGGCCUAGUAAACUUAGCAAAGCCUUGAAGUAGUAAAGCCCUGUGGCGUAGUUAAAAUUACCUUAUCAAAGGAAUGCAAGGCUUGUACUGCUGUUGGUCAGUCUAAGGACAGUUGAAGUAAAAGGAAUCUGAGUGGUUGUACGUUAUCAGUAUCAUUCAGAAGCUAUAAAUGAGCUGGAAUAUCUGGAAACCAUUCAGAAGGAAGAUACAUCUCUGUGAAAAGGAUCAGUUAGCUGUUGCCUGAUCAGUGGGCCCGCGGACCUCGAGGAGCCCAAGAACUGCAUCCCAGGGUCCUUCCCGGUACCCCUCGGACAGUGUUGUUCAGGGACUCCUGACUUCACUGAACUUUGUGGAAAGAGAAGCUUGCUGUGUAUCAGGCAUCAGAGGGGACUGCCGAUAAGUUGCCGACGUGAAUUGCUUUUGUCUGUCAUUGUUUGUCUUGUUACUACGCGUAGUCGUGUUUUUGUUAAGUCAAUAAAUCUUUCUUACCUUUCUACCCCCGAGCAUACUCUCAAUCCCAAACCCUCCGCAGACAGCUGGGACAUCCCCAGUAAUAUCAGUGUGGUCGCAGACGCUGCAGGGAAUAGAGCUGGGCAGGGCUGGGGGCUGGAAACCUUCUGCCGCCUCCAGCAGCCUCACUCUCCCUUUCUGUUCCUUCCCUGUUUCUUUGGCUAUAGGUGGUGGUCCUGAUCCUGGGUAUUUUCCAGCUCCUGGAGCCAGAGGAGCUCCCAUGUGUGAAUGGAAGUGAAAGCCCUGCUUGACAGAGAGCUCAUGCCUCUCCCUGCUCUCUCCUGCCUGGCUCUGCUCUCCAUGGCUGGUGCAGUGGGUCCAGGGGAGUUGUGUCAGAUGGAGAUGAACCAGAUCAAAGACCGUAAUCAGGCCAACUGCACCAGGCUGGGGCUCAGCAGGGUGCCCUCCCAGCUGCCCAAAGACACCGGCAUCCUGCUGCUUGGUUGCAACCACCUGGUGUCCGUGUCCACCAGCUCCUUCCAGUACCUCCCUAUGCUGGUCGACCUGGACUUGUCACACAAUGGCUUGAAGGCGUUCCACGCUGCGCCAGCCCUGCCCCGGCUUCAGGAGCUCAUCCUGUCUCACAAUGCUCUGGGAGCCUUGCCCCCGCUGCAGGGCCUGCCUGGCCUUCUCCACCUGGGCCUGGCUCACAACAGCAUCCAGGACCUUGCUCCGGGGGCCUUCCGAUCCCUGGGGGAAUUGCAGGAGCUGGAUCUGCGGGGAAACCAGCUCAGGAGGCUGCCCAAGGAGGCCUUUGCAGGGCUGGCUGAGCUGCGAAACCUGGACCUGUCCAACAACUCCCUGGAGGAGCUGCCUCUGGGGCUGCUGUCCGAACUGGAGGCAUUGGAGGGCCUAAGGCUGUCGGGAAACUAUCUCCGCACCAUGCCCACUGGUUUCUUUCCUGAGGAUCGGAUCUUGCACUAUGUCUUCCUGGACAAGAACCCCUGGCACUGCAACUGCAGCCUGGCCUACCUGCGGGACUGGAUCACCGAGAACGAGGCCAGCGUCUACUAUCAGGAGGACGGGCUGGACGCGGUGAAGGUGGAGAAUGAUGCAGAAAGUGCCAGAUGCGACUCACCCGCCCAGUACAGAGGGACCCCAGUCCUCUACUUCACACAGUCAUGCAGCAAGGUGGGGAAUGGAGAUGUAUACGUGCCUGAGACACGGCCAGACGACCUGCCCGUGCUCCACACUAGUGUCCCCUCCACCACCAUGGCCACAGCCAGUUCAAGAUGUGAUAGCUUCUUAUUGUUUUGGAUAUGGUGUAUUUAAACUACACAGGAAGCAGGACAACGACACUCACCUGCCAGAUGCUCACCGGAGUGAGUCGUGGAGUGCUCAGGACAGCAAGAAGUUAAAAGUCCUGCUUUUUUGAGUAAAUAAAGAGUGAAGCAAGAUGUA